AUGAGUCGUGGCUUUAGUUUUCGACUCUUGUAUCGAGUCGUUUUCUUUUCCCUCUGUCUGAUUUUCGCCUGUUUUUAUCAUGGUGGUGGUUCAGAGUAUGACAGGCGAGAAGAUAAAACAGAACCGACCAAAUUAAAAGAUGAAUUCAAAGGUAAACCCUUCAAUGUUGACGUUUCUCCCGAACAAAACGAACGCGUCUCUAACUUGACAGAAAAUGCGAAACAAAUUGAUGGCCGCAAGGCGCGGAAGAAAACUGAUCUUUCAAAGACGGUCAGAAAAGUUAAAAUUUGAAAAUGUGUGAAUCUUAGCACUUCAGAAGUAAUUGUUAACCAUAAUUUAUUUUUAGGAACUGCGAUGAAAACACUCCGAAGUGAAAGAAUACAAAAUAGCCCAGUACUGCUUUUUUCAACUUCAUCGCCGCAUGAGGUAAACGUUCCACGCAAAGAAUCGACAACCAUCUCCCACUCAAAUGAGACAGAAUGGCAAAACGAUAGCAGUAAAAAUAUAUCUUCAUUGGAAAAUCAAAUUUUUCAACAGAAUGACUUCAGACAAACAGCCAAAAGAGAAACGUUCGCUUCACUCACAACUCAACAUCUCCGGAGCAGACGUGACACUGAUUCAAAAUCUGAGUAUACCCAGGAAGAUCUAUUAAUGUGCAACGAUUCAAUCAUCAAUAUAAAAUACGAUGAUGAAUACAAAGUUCAGACUGACUUUUCAAUACUCUAUAAGAACAAGGUGUACGAUUAUACCGAGUAUCGAGUUCUGAGUGAUAGCAUAAAGAUUUGUAACUCCACUGAUAACUACAUACGGAAUAUUCGGAAAGAACGUAAUAAAUGGGUAAAGGCGAAAAUACAACAAAAAAAUUGCAACAAACCCAUUAGAGAGUUAUGGUUGUACGGAAAGUAUUACACUGUGAAUAAGCAGUUCACUGUCUAUUUCGCACCUAGCAGUCAAUAUUUCACAAGAAAUAACUAUGGGGUGAAAUACGCUCAACUUUAUAUAUGCCAAGAAAAGUUCAAACCCAAAUCAACAGAGUAUACUGAGGAAGAUCUAUUAAUGUGCAACGAUUCAAUCAUCAAUAUAAAAUACCAUGAAGAAUAUAAAGUUCGGACUGACUUUUCAAUACUCUAUAAGAACAAGGUGCACGACUAUACUGAGUAUCGAGUUCUGAAUGAUAGUAUAAAGAUUUGUAACUCUACUGAUAACUAUGUACAGAAUAUUUGGAAAGUACGCAAUAAAUGGGUAAAGGCGAUAAUGCAUUAAAAAAGUUGCAAUAAACCCAUUAGAACCCUUUCGUUUUCUCGAAAGUAUUACACUGUGAAUAGGCAGUUCACUGUCUAUUCGGCAGGUGAUUAUUUCACAAGAGAUGACUAUCGGGUGGAAGACGGCAAACUUACAAUAUGCGAAGAAAACUACAGGCCCAUGGCAAGAGAGUAUACCCAGGAAGAUCUAUUAAUGUGCAACGAUUCAAUCAUCAAUAUAAAAUACGAUGAUGAAUACAAAGUUCGGACUGACUUUUCAAUACUCUAUAAGAACAAGGUGUACCAUUAUACCGAGCAUCGAGUUCUUAAUGAUAGCAUAAAGAUUUGUAACUCCACUGAUAACUACAUAAGGAAUAUUUGGAAACUACGCAAUAUAUGGGUAAAGCCGUAUAUGCAUGAAAAAAGUUGCAAUAAAUCCAUUAGAGAGUCAUGGUUGAUCCGGAAGUAUUACACCGUGAAUAAGCAGUUCAUUGUCUAUUAUGCAGUUACGAGUCAAUAUUUCACAAGAAAUGAGUAUGGAGUGGAAGACGGUAAACCUUAUACAUGCGAUGAAAAGUUCAGACCCAAAUCAACAGAGUAUACCAAGGAAGAUCUAUUAAUGUGCAGCGAUUCAAUCAUCAAUAUACAAUACGAUGAUGAAUACAAAGUUCGAACUGACUUUUCAAUACUCUAUAAGAACAAGGUGUACGAUUAUACUGAGUAUCGAGUUCUGAAUGAUAGCAUAAAGAUUUGUAGCUCCACCGAUAACUACGUGAGGAAUAUUUGGAAAGUACGCAAUAAAUUGGUAAAGGAGGCAAUGCAAUAUAAAAGUUGUAAUAAACUCGCUGUAUACUUUGUCUUUACUCGACGGGAAUACACUUUGUUUAAGGAUUUUAGAGUUAUGAUUUUGGCAACAAAGCAGCUGAUAAUAAAGUACGAUUAUGCUGUGUUUGAAGGUAAACUUGUAACAUGUGUGAUCAAUUGCGCCAUUUUUACCAUUACUAUAAAGAAUGAAGAUAAAUACAGAGUAUGGAACAACUUCUCAAUGAUAUACCAAGGUCGAAUAUACUCUUAUGAUGAGUACAGAAUAACGGACGAUGGUCUACAAGUUUGUAAUUCUUCAGACCGUCUGAUUAAAGAAAAAUGGCGGAAUUUAAUUGUUUCGGAAAAGAUAACGAUAGCUUUCAAGUAUUGUAAUGUAUCUGUGGACGGUUUUUACUCUGAAAAUUACACAUUACAUACAAACUUUACCGUUUUCUUCAAACCUACCAAUCAAAAUUUUACAAGGCAAGAUUACGGAGUGAUUAUGGGGUAUUUUGCAAUUUGUUCAAGUAAGCUCAGAUUGUCCUGCAAUGAUGAUUUGGUCAACGUAAAGUACGGUGAACAAUACAAUAUUUUUAAAAACUUUUCGCUGUUUUACCACAAAAAAAUAUACGAUUAUCGCGAAUAUCGAUUAAGUCACAACAGUCUUGAAAUGUGUGCUUCCAAUGAUUCAAGAGUUCAGGCGAUUUGGAGAACGCGUAAUUCGUGGCAAAAGUCAUUAUGCGCAUCCUGUUAUCGUUCUUAUAAAUUAAAUGCAAGAUACUACACUGUAACUAAGCAGUUUGCUGUGUAUUCGGCAGAUAACGGUCAAUAUUUCGAAAGAAAUGACUAUGCGGUUAUAGACGGUGAACCUUAUGUAUGCGGCAAAGAAAAAUUGAGACCGAUUUACGUAAUUACAAACUUUAAGAUUAUUAUAGCACCAUUAUGUGCAUUAGCGCUUUCUAUUAUUUCUUUGCUAUUGUUGUUGAUAGUUUACUGCAUGCUUCCAGAACUGCGCACACUUCCUGGUUUGAAUUUAAUGAGUUUUAGUUUCGCCUUGCUGUUGUGGCAGACUUACCUUGUAGUAUUUUUGUCACUGUAUUCUCAUGUAGGUAAACUGUUUGAGAUACCGUGUGCUAGGCUGUUUGUAGCAAAUAAGUUCAUGACGUAUAGUAUAAUUAUGAAUGCUACUGUUAAUAUAUAUCACCUAAGAAAAACCUUUUGUGGCAAUACUCUAGUGAAAUCUGAUGAACUGAAGAAGUGGAACAGAUUUUUGAAGUAUAGUCUCUUUAGCUGGGGAGUUCCCGUCAUUAUAACGAUUGUUUACAUUGUACUAGAAAAGGAAGACGUUCUAAGGUUUGAUCAACCUCUUGCGUCUGUGAAGAACGAUGUUCAAUCGAGCUUAAGGUUUUAUCAACGCGUUGUGUUUGCGAACGGAAGUCAUGGAGAUGCGACCGCAAAUGAAAUAAGGAUUUAUCGACGUAUUGCAUCCUUCAAGAAAAAUGUCCAGUCAAGGUUUAACCAAAGCACUGUACCUUGGAAGAAUGCAAGGAUUUAUCAGCCUAUUGUAUCUUUGAAGAAAGAUGUUCAGUCAAGCUUAAAGUUUUAUGAACGCGUUGUAUUCGUGAAUGGAAAUGGAAGGGAAGAAGAUGUAAGGAUUUAUCAACAGAUUAUUAUUAUUAAAGGUUUAUUAAGAAACACAUUUUGGCACCCGAAGGUGAAUUGCAAUAUGCUUACAGAAACAUAA